GCGCUGCUGGCGAAUGUUCAGAUCUCAUCUUCUGUCAGCAAUGUGAACGACAAUUAAUGUUUGUCUGUCAAUUAUUCUCGUGCUUUUAUUAUCUUUAGGCCCUAAAUGAGUGAGGAGAUGAUGUAAUAGAAGCUCACCGACUAUGUAAAAAAAUGAAAACCCUUUUGGCUGCACAUAGAUCAGGACAUGUGUUUGACAUCAACCUGACCAUACUAGAGUGACUCCAAUGUUGAUUUCCUCUUCAUAUCUUAGAUGUUCAAUGAUUUGCAUUCAUGGGUUCCACUACAGUGACACAACCAAUUAGUCCUGAAAUAUCAAUUUGAAUUGAAACUCAUGUAACCAUGUUGUGUCUGCAGUAGUAGUGUGCCUAUUUAGUCUUGCCUAAAUUUCUGUAUUUAUUAGAGUUGGGGCCAAUCUUACGUAAGUUUUUGACAUUGGGAGAUUAAGGUUUCUUUUGGGUUGUAGAGAGCACAUGGCUUGAGUCCAAUUGUUACAUUAAAUUGCAAACACAUGCUGGUAGCUAAAGGCCGAUAUCUGAUGUAUCUAGCGAUCUUACCAUCGAAGUAGGAGCAUCAACCUUCGCACUUCACAAGUUUCCUCUGGUUUCUCGGAGUGGAAGAAUUCGGAAGCUGCUGUUAGAUGCAAAAGAUUCAAAAGUUUUACGCAUAAGUCUCCCAAAUGUGCCAGGUGGUGCAGAGGCAUUUGAGCUAGCUUCCAAGUUUUGCUAUGGAAUCAAUGUUGAGUUCACCCUCUCAAAUGUGGCCUUGCUACGUUGCGCGGCCCAUUUUCUUGAAAUGACCGAAGAAUUCGCUGAAAAAAACUUGGAGGCCAGAGCUGAAGCAUAUCUAAGGGACACAGUGCUCCCUAACAUAUCAAGCACAGUACAUGUUCUUCACUGUUGUGAGGCUCUUCGUCCCAUAUCUGAACAAAUAAACCUUGUCAACAAGCUAAUCAACGCAAUUGCGAACAACGCGUGCAAAGAACAGCUUACAACUGGUCUACUAAAACUAGAUCACACUUUCCCUUCUAAAACCACACCAACCAUGGAGCCAGAAACACCCUCAGAUUGGUGGGGGAAGUCUUUCAAUGUUCUUAGUCUUGAGUUCUUCCAACGAGUUGUGUCUGUUGUGAAGUCAAAGGGACUAAAACAAGACAUGAUCAGCAAGAUUUUGAUGAACUAUGCCCAUGGUUCUCUUCAAGGGAUUGGUGUUAGAGACCCUCAAGUGGUGAAGGGAAGUCUUCAUGACUUGGAAUUUCAAAAGAAACAAAGGGUGGUUGUUGAAACCAUUGUUGGUUUACUCCCAACUCACUCGAGGAAAAGCCCGGUUCCAAUGGGAUUCCUCUCUAGUUUGUUGAAGGGUGCAAUAGCAGCAUCUGCAUCAACUCCUUGUAAAUCUGAUUUGGAGAGGAGAAUUAGUCUGCAACUUGACCAGGCCAUUCUUGAAGACAUCUUGAUCCCAACAAACUCACCUCAAAACUCCCAUAACACAAUGUAUGACACAGACUCAAUUCUGAGGAUCUUCUCUAUUUAUCUAAACAUGGACGAGGAGGAUGGCGAAGAUAGUGACAACUACAUUGAUGAGAGCCAAAUGGUGUAUGAUUUUGACAGUCCUGGAUCUCCUAAACAAAGCUCAAUCAUAAAGGUAUCCAAAUUGCUGGACAAUUAUCUCGCGGAAGUAGCACUAGACUCAAACUUGUUGCCUUCAAAAUUCACAGCACUUGCAGAACUGCUUCCAGAUCAUGCACGUGUGGUUAGUGAUGGACUCUAUAGAGCUGUUGACAUCUUCCUUAAGGUUCAUCCAAACAUGAAGGACCCAGAGAGGAACCGGCUAUGCAAAACCAUUGAUUGUCAGAAACUGUCUCAAGAAGCAUGCAGCCAUGCAGCACAGAACGAAAGGCUACCGGUGCAGAUGGUGGUUCAAGUUCUUUACUUCGAGCAAAUGAGGCUUCGCAAUGCCAUGAAUGGAGGGCACAACCAACUCUUCUUUGGUCAGUUCCCUCACCGUUCAGGGAGUGGUGCAGGGAGUGGAGCCAUUUCCCCAAGAGAUAACUAUGCAUCUGUUAGAAGAGAGAACAGAGAACUGAAGCUUGAAGUUGCAAGAAUGAGAAUGAGGCUCACUGACUUGGAGAAAGACCACGUGUCCAUGAAGCAGGAGCUUGUUAAGUCUCACCCUGCCAACAAGUUGUUCAAAUCAUUCACCAGAAAGCUGAGCAAGCUAAAUUCUCUAUUCAGGAUAAAUAGCAUUAAGCCACUUAUUGGUGGCAAAGCUAGUUCAGAAACUCGCUUCCCUUUUCCAAAGCGAAGACGCCACUCCGUUUCAUGAUACUUAAUAUGUCAUAUAUCGUAUAUGACAUAACGUAUGUACAGUAUGCAUAAACAUAGUUGUAAUGCAUGGCGUGAUAUUGUGUUUAUUUUCCAGUCAAUAGUUUUUUGAGUUAUGUUCCUGACAUGCUGUGUUCAGUACUAUUGUUAUCAUGCUUAACAAUUCCAAAAUUGGGAACUGAAUUGUUUCGAAGACAUCAAAUUUUAGUAUACAAACACUUCGUGUAUUAGAAUUCAAA